AUGCUUCUCCCACGGCGAGCGGUCCUCUUCCUCGGUGUCUUUUUCUUCCUCAUCCUCCUCUUCACCGCCAAAACCCUCUCCCGGCCAUGGAAUGAGGUCCCCCAAGUCAUUGGCUUGGGUGACCUAGUCUCCAGCCCCAACGACACAGCUUGGAACAUCACACGCGGUCACACCAAUAAUGACCUCUAUGCGCCCCCGCCGAAUUUCAUCCCGGGCACCCCCAAGCCCCUGGGUUACCAAUACUCCAAAGUCCUGGUGGUAACGCGCACCAAGGAAGAAGACACAAGCUGGAUCACCGAACAGCUCCCGGACUGGGACACCGCCGUCUAUGUCGCAGACGACCCAUCCGCACCCCUCCACCCACCAAAGAAUAAAGGUCACGAGGUCAUGAUCUACCUGACCUACCUCGUCGACCACUACGACCACCUCCCGGACGUCGCGGUCUUCAUGCACUCCCACCAAUUCGCCUGGCACAACGACGCUCUCUUCGAGGGUGAUGCAGCUCAACUCCUGCGCAAGCUGAAUCUCAACCGCGUCAUCCGCGAAGGUUACAUGAAUACCCGCUGCGGAUACGGCCCGGGCUGUCCCGCUUGGAUGCACCCGGGCGCCGUCGAAGCAGACGAGUCCAAGCAGGAGGAGAUCAUGCUUGCGCGGGCGUGGGGUGAGCUCUUCCCCGAUCAGUCCAUCCCAUCUGUUCUGGCGCAGCCGUGCUGUGCGCAAUUUGCGCUGUCGCGGGAUCGCAUCCGCUCCAUCCCGAGGGCCCGCUAUGUCUUUUAUCGGGAUUGGUUGCUUUCAACUGAUCUCAGUGAUUACAUUACCGGGCGUAUCUGGGAGUACCUGUGGCAGUAUAUCUUCACUGGUGAAGCUGUUCUCUGCGUUGAGGAGAGCGUCUGUCUGUGUGACGGGUAUGGGUUCUGCUUUGGCGGCGACGAUGAGUACAGAGCGUAUCAGCAGAUGGAGGCGGAUAGGAAUGAUCUUCAGGAUGCGUUUGCUGAAUUGAUCUGGCUGGCUGCUGAGGGUGGGCUCGAUGAGUCUGAUGGGGGUGUUAAUGCGGAUGGUUCCCCUGUGAAGCCUACUGAUGCCCACACGCAGCUGCAGUUGAAACAGCAGGAAUUGGCCUCGGCUCUGUUCAAUGCUACGGAACGAGGGAAGAAUCCUCGGUACAGGGCUGAAGAAGCUGGCCGGCCUUGGAAAGCGGGCGAUGGGUUCUAA